UUUUCUUUUCCUGUGUUAUUGUGCAGAUAAUGAAUGAAUGAAGAUUAUUUUACACCUACGCGUGCAAGUAAUUGUUCUGUUUUGCUGUGAAGUUGAAUGUUCCACGCACAAAUGGGAGACCUCAUCACACACAUUAUAGCCACGUGUCCCCUCCCUCUUCUCUUAUACACCCAAACGGCUGCCUUAGCCACCCCUCUGGGGUUCCAAGCCUUGUUAGAGCUGUGCGGACAAUCAAGUCCCCCCCAACCUCUCUUCAGUCGCGGGCAGGUGAAGAUUAAAUCAGGAAAGAAUCUCUUUUUCAACAAUGAAGUCCCCAGCCUAACCAAUUGCUCUCAAAUUCUUGGGUCCCAUCACAAUAGCGUUGCGAAGGACCCGUGUAAUGACAUUGGCACUUGAUAAGGUCAAGUAAGGUACGGGCCGAACAAUAGGCCCCAAGCCUCAA